UUAGAACAGACUGUAAACAAUUUAUGAUUAGCUUUGCUUCUGAACAACAAGCAGCAUCCAUGUCGUAAAUAUUUCAUAAAAACCAUGCUUUUAUGCGAAAACUAAUAUUUGUCAUUGGACACCUCAAGGACAGUUCCACCUUUUGGAGUCUAUUUUCAGCGUGAAUGAAAGAAAACUUCGCUUUAGUGAUCAGGGCAGCAGCAGAUGAUGAGUGUUAAAAUUACUCUCUUCUUGCCUGACUAACGUUAACAGCUAAAUUAACGUGGCCGUGAACAAAAUCGAUUACUGAAUGUAACUCGACAACAUUCACCUUGAAUUCGGGGAGAAAACCACCAUGUCGCAAACUACCCUUCUCGAGGAGGUUGAGCAGUGGAGCCCUGACACCUGCAAAAAGGAGCUGAAGACAGUGCUGCCCAAGCUCGUCUCAAUUCAUUGUCUCACUGAUAGUUGGACAGAUCACAUACGUGUGCUGAGGAUAAUCAUGGACAUGUUUCUUCCACAUUUACGUCUGUCUGAACUGGAGGAGGAGUGCUUUUCUAAAGUUCUACCAAAGGUGGUGGGAGUAUUUGGUAAUUUGAUGGAUGAAAUCUCCAGUCAAGUCAGUGGGCUGUCCAGUCAAAACACAGAGCUGACCGCCUCACUGAGGAAUAUUCUUCAGGUGAUGGUACAGACACUUGAGGCAGUGACUAUGUGUGUGAGGCAUAUGUGUGCUCUGGAAGGUGUUUCCCGUCUGUCCGAAGUGCGCUCUGUCCCCUCCUGUGUCCUCUACCUCCUCAGAAACACUUUCCAGCACUGCAAGGAUAGCGAGGUGGUGUACAGUGGACGCCUGUCUUUGGUUGGGGAUUUGCUGCAGACACUUUUCAAGGAGGCCUACAGUCUGCAGAAAGGCCUAAUAGAGCUACUGGACCACAUCAGCCUGCAUGAAGCAGCCUCAGAUGAAGACGUCUCCGACAUUGUUACAGUGAUCCACAGUCUUCUGGAGAUUUGCUCCAUCAUUUCCAGCCUGGACAUGGCCUUGCAUGCCAAUACCUGGAAAUUCAUUAUCAAGCAAAGUGUGAAAUACCAGUCUCUGGUGGAGGAGCACUUGCGUCAUGCUGACAUCACGUCCUGUUUGUGUGAGGACCUCCAAGGCUCUCUAAACGGCUGCUUGGAACUAGCAGAACAAAUCAAACAGGAAGGAUUAAAGGCACAGAGCCCAGAAGUCAAGCUGUUUCAGAGAAGUAUGAAGAUGUGCCGCUUCUUUGCCAACACUCUGGUCCACUAUGUGAAGGAAUUCAAAGACUUUAUGGCCGCAUCCUGCCCACGGCUUCACCUGCUCUUCCUCCAGAUCCACAGUAAGUUCCCACCCUGUCUUGGAGCUCCCUCGCUCCCUCCUGCACUAAGUGACGAGUUGAGUGGGGCAGUGCUCGUUGCCAUGGAUGCGCUCCUGUCCCAGCUCCUCGCCUUCCGACCGUUUGCUGAGAGCCUAUUGGCUGAGAACCAGACCUGCAGUGGGGACAGCGCUCUGGCCCACUGCCUGCUGCUGGUCAGUGUGGUGGCACAGCUGUCCUCCCAACCAGAUGGAACUCUGCAGCUGUGGUGCGAUGGCAGUCGCUUCCCGGAGGACACACUCAGGCUGAGUGUGUUUGAUGCGGUGUUCCGAAGCUUCGGUCAGUGCAUGCUGGAGCGGGUGUGGCCUGUGCGGUUGCCGGGGGUGAUGCUGCGUGGCCAGGCCCAGGGCGACGUGAGCCUGCAUCAGCACGUGUGCGUGCAGCUCUGCGCCUGUGUAGCUGUGCUACCAGCCCCACAGCUUCACCCGCUGGAGCGCUCCCUGUUGCGGGCUCUGCUGCAGCCUGACGCACAGACAGCGUUGCUGGCCGCAGAUGUCUGGUGUUUCUUGGCACGAUAUGGAACGGCAGAGUUGUGCCUGCAACACGUGCUUCUUGUGGCCGACCUGACAAAGUCAUGUCCAGAUGAGGCACCCCAGUGGAACCAUUUGUCCCUGCUGCUGAGACGUAUGCUGUUCCUUAUGACUCCUUCACACCAGAUGGAGCUGCUGGAGCGGUUCCCCGUAUCUCAGGAGGAGAACAUGCGCGUGUGGGGUCACCUGAUCCUGCGUUCGCUGGCCCCAGAUGUGCGUGCGCGCCUGGAGCAGGGGCUCACCGCCACGGCCGCCUCCGUGGUGUCCGACUGGCAGAAAGACGGCUGCAGACUGGGCAGCCUGGACAGAGUGAACCGCGUGCUGUGGGGCCUGAAGGUGGUGGUGAGGGUGGAGGUCCCCGAGGCGGAGUGUGUGUCGGCCGUCCUCACCAUCCUCACACAGCUGUGGUCCCGCAUGUGCGCCAACCAGGUUCAGAAGCAUGGCCCUCUUCAGCAGACUCUGUGUCUGCUCCUUUCCCUCUCGGCCUGCCUGGUCAAGAGUCUGGAGCCACACACCAUCUCUCAGGCUGUUUCCUGUGUGAGCGCGCUACUUCCCCUGAAGGCCCUCGAUGAAGUCACCCUGGCUGCGCUGGAAUUCCUGGCUGCCCUAGGGAGUGUUUUCAUCCCCUCGGAUGUACAGCCUGUGGUGUUGCCUCGGCUCAGUGCAGUGUUCGGCGCCCUGCUGGCCUCGGACUCCUGGCUCCUCCACCAGCACGCCCUCGAGGCCUUUGGCGUCUUCGCAGAGGUUACUAAUCACGAGGAAGUCAUCUCCCAAGGCUUGACUUCAGAGGAGACUAAAACACGAGUGGUCAACUUCCUUAGCAAGAUGGUGGUGGGGGAGGAACAGACGGAGGCUCGUCUGGAGCGUCUCAGGGCGGAGAUCGUGGUGUUGGAAACACACACGCGGGCUCUGGAGAGCGGACAGAUGCCACACACACACGCACACCCACAGGGGAGGGGAGAGGAGCAGCUGCAGGACGAACCGUACACACAUACUGCCGAGACUGGACAGGAGUCACAAGGAGACGCUACAGUUGAGCCAUGCGCGAAGCGGCCUCGCCAGGAGGGGGUGCGCUGGGAGGAGGGAGAUGUCCACCUGCAGGCGGCCGAAGGCGCUCUGAGGGCUCUGCAGGCACUAGCCGCCGCGGCCGCCACUAGCGCUCCACACUCCUCACCGCCCCAGUGGGUGCUGACCCGCCUGCAGGAGCUCCAAACGCUCAUCACGCACAUCAGCAAGCAAACGGAAGAGGUCACCUAACACACACACACACACACACACACACACACCAAGUCACCUAUCACAGACCCCAUGCACACACGCACA